AUGAGUGCUCUGUUUACCUACAAACCUGUUGCUACAUCGGAGAAGAAGAGUGGUGCUGUAUCGUUUCUGCUUGAUCUGGCUGCUGGUGGUAUCGCUGGCGGUAUUUCCAAGACUGUUGUGGCCCCAAUUGAGCGUGUAAAGCUGCUAUUGCAGGUACAGGCUGCGUCGACGCAGAUCAAGCCUGAGGACCAGUACAAGGGUAUUGUGGACUGCUUUGUACGCGUGUCUAAGGAUCAGGGUGUAAGCUCGUUGUGGCGUGGUAAUUUGGCCAAUGUCAUUCGUUACUUCCCAACGCAGGCCUUGAACUUUGCGUUUAAGGACAAGUUUAAAAAGAUGUUUAUGGAUGGUGUAACCAAAGAACAUUUCUGGCGUUUUUUCUUGGGUAAUUUGGCUUCAGGUGGUGCUGCAGGUGCUACUUCUCUUCUUUUCGUGUACCCACUUGAUUUUGCUCGUACUCGUCUUGGAGCUGAUGUUGGUAAGGGCAAGUCACGUCAAUACACUGGUCUGAUGAACUGUUUGACCACGAUUUACAAGUCGGAUGGGAUGUCGGGCUUAUACCAGGGCUUUGGUGUGUCCGUUGGUGGUAUCAUCGUGUACCGUGCUGCUUUCUUUGGUGGUUACGACACUCUUCGUGACAUUGCCCUGAAGGACCCGAAGAAUGCCCCUGUGUGGCAAAAGUGGAUGGUGGCUCAGACGGUCACAUCUAUGGCCGGUAUGAUCUCCUACCCUUUCGACACUGUGCGUCGCCGUAUGAUGAUGCAGGCUGGUCGUACGGACAUUUUGUACACGUCUACGCUUGACUGCGCUGCGAAGAUCCUCAAGAACGAAGGUUCGGGUGCUUUCUUUAAGGGUGCUGGCUCCAACAUCCUGCGUGGCACAGGCGGUGCUAUCGUGUUGGUGUUGUACGAUGAGUUCAAGAAGCUUAUCUAG